AUGACGGGUGACACGAAAGGAGAUGGUACCCAAAAGCAGACGCCACAACAACAGUUGUCGUCUUCUCCAAGAGAGUCCUUCGAAGAAUCGUCGGAAUCGAAGCAACAAAAGCAUCUACAACAGCAGACAUCGGGUGGUGUUGUGGUCACAGCUACUGGACCACCACCUUUCAUUUCCGCGCCUUUAUAUGUACCUUCUUCUACGUUUGAACAACAACAGUUCGAGUCUGUUAAUCCCAAGAGGACGCGAUAUAACAGUGGUGGUAGUACCGGACAAUGGAAACUAAUCACCGCCGAAUCAAGUUCAUCACCGACAACGAACCCCUUCAACAUACAGACUCAACCUCGUGUCAUCGCUGGUUCCUCAUCCGACACUGCUUCUCCACCGCAGUCUCCUCUCCCUUCCACGACCUCAGGCGGCCAAGAAACGUGCAAAUCAGAAGGGGAGCAGUUUCAUCACCAAUUCAGGAAGGGAAAAUAUGUGAGUCCCGUUUGGAAACCGUAUGAAAUGUUGUGGUUAGCUAGGGCUUGGAGGGUUCAGUAUCUCGGUGGUGGGUCUGAUGCUUCUGGUUCUUCUUCAAGAGCCGAUGUUGCAGUACAACAAACGAGGGGCAAAACUAGGGCUGAUAAAGACAAGGAAGUGGCUGAGUUUUUGAACAAACAUGGGAUCAAUAGAGAUGCCAAGACAGCUGGGACUAAGUGGGAUAAUAUGCUGGGUGAGUUUCGGAAAGUGUGUGAAUGGGAAAGAGGAGGGGAAAAAGAACAAGUUGGUAAAAGUUACUUCAGACUUUCUCCUUACGAGAGGAAACUACAUAGAUUACCUGCUUCUUUUGAUGAAGAAGUCUUCGAGGAGUUGUCUCAGUUCAUGGGACCUCGCAUGAGAACUUCACCAAGCGAUGAUGCUCGAGGCUUCAAAGCUCUGCCUAUGCCUCCUCCUUUCAAAGAAGAACUUCCUCUCUCUGCGAGGACGAAACAACUGGUGCCGGUGACGAGUCUGUUAGGGCUCGACACUUCGCUAGUCGACGUUGGCGUUGGGGGCUAUCACUCUUCUUCUUCAUCUUCAAUGGAGCUUCGUAGGAUUGGGAAGAUAAGAUUGACAUGGGAGGAGUCGGUGAAUUUAUGGGCAGAAGAAGGUGAGCAUCAUAAAGGAAGAGUUCGACUUCAAGGUUCGAGCUUUUUAAACGCCGAUGAACUCAUUUUCUUUGAUGAUGCCAUGAUUGCUUGUACAAUGGAAACAUUCGAAGAUGGCCCACUAAAAGGUUUCUCCGUCGAUAGAUUCCUGAACGGACAGCAAGUUAAAGUCCUUGGCAGAAGAAAGCCAUUCCCAGCUUCAUCUUCUACUUCUGGUUUCUUUGAAAGACCUCAUCCUCUUUUUGUUAACCCUUUAUCAGAUGCAACAAUGCCUCCGAUGGAGUUACAAGACCCUACGGAGUACUACGUUGCAUGCCUUCGAGUUCCUCCUCCGACGUUGCCGAGCUUGGUUGAGCUUUCAUGGCAUUUACAAGAGCCACCACCCGAGGAAUAUCGGUUUCCGUUGAGAAGAGAUGUUUACCGAGAUUUGCCACCUGGUAAAGAAGCUCUAUUUACUGCUUCUAAUGAACUGUUAGAUUGUAGAGCUAUCGUGUAUGAUCUGUUGGGCCCGAUUAUCCGCACGAACCCUAGGCUGAGUGCUGCUACUGCCACAGCCAGAGACUCUUAUAUUGGCCUUUGGGAUGAUUGCAUUAAUAGGGUUGUCUCGAAAUUUUGUUCGGUCGAAAUGGUUGUUAUCCGGAAACCGGCUUCAUCGUCGACCGAUCAGCCAUUGCAGGAUCAAUGGCCAAACGUAACAGGUUUUGUUAAAAAUUUUUGCUUGUGGAGGGGGGAGGAGAUUGAUCAACUGAGGGAAGGUCAGCUUGACCCCUCAUCAUCAAUUGUGGAGAAAUUUUUAUGGACUUACAUGGAUCUUCCCUACGUAUUAGCCUAUUAUGCUGUUGGCUACAUGGUAACAUUUUGUGCAUUAAUCCGAUCGCAAGAUCGAAUUAUGUUGACAGAUUUAUAUUCGGUAGAUCUAUCAUCCCCGUCGGAGAGACUAAAAGCACUAGUGCCUUGUUGGAGGAUAGCAGGCCUGUUGCCUUUGCUGGCCGAUCGAUGCUUGAAUAACCUCCGUAAUGUUGGCUCAUACAAGCAAUUCCCGUUCAGCGAUUUUGGAAGGAUCGAUUUGGGGAACGGAAACAUAGUCGAGAUGACACCAAACACCGUGGUGAGAUCGUUCUUGAGCAAGAAAAAAUGGGCGGCGGUGAAAGACAUAUACGAUCACAUGUUGGAUCAUAGAAUCCCACACACCGAAUUCAUUUGUCGGGCAUCCGAGAAGGAUGGUACCUUGGCGUUUAAACCUAGAGGGUGCAAAUUCAAGCCACUAAACUGUGACCAACUUGUGGAAGCUCUCAAAUACGUGACGAAAGCAUUGGUAGCUCUACAUGACUUGAGCUUCAUGCACAGAGACCUGUGCUGGGACAAAGUGUUGAGACGGAGCGACAGUGAGAACGAAUGGUUCGUCGGUGGCUUUGACGAAGCUGUCGGUGCACCCCAAAUAUACCCGCACCCGGUUGCGAUCGUGGAUGCCUGCGGAAGGUACGCGCCGGAGAUGGGGCGGGGAUUACUAUGCUGGGAUCAGAACCCUGAGCAAAGGCCGACGGCAGCCGAUUGUUACCACCACUUGUUGCAGUUGCAGUCAGCUUCAUCCACUGCAACAGAAAUGGCGGCUGCUGCUAAAGGGCGGCUGGCUGCCAUAGAUACAGUCCUUUUCUCCAUAGAUGUUACAUUCGCAUGGGUUCCUGACGGCAGAGUGCCUUCCACAUGGGGCCAUUGUGCCUUCCACAUGGGGCCAUUGUGUCUUCCAUUAUGGCGUCGCACCCGCAAUAUAUAA